AUGAAAGAGAUGAAAACCAGUUUGGAGGAGCGAACAGACGAAAUUGAAGAUAGGGUAGACAAUGUGAAAGAUAAACUCAUUAAAGUCGAAUUAACAAUCAAACAGGAAGUGGAAGAAACCGCGAAGUAUUUUGAAUCAUUUUCGAGUGAGAGAAAAAUUAAAGAUAGAGAAAUGAUUACCAGAACUGACUUACAUACGAAAAAUAUCGAUGACAAAUUGUCAUUGUUCGAAAACAAGGUAACAGAAAAAGUGAAAAUUAUUGAACAUAAUGUAGAUUCUUGUAACAAUGUAAUUAAAGACAAUGAGCGUGAGGUAGUUCGACUACAGAAACAAUUAAAUGAAAUUCAGGAUAAUUUAGCUAUGAAAUCGGUAGCGACUUCAUUUAACGGAUUUUGGCAAGAAAGAAGCAAAAGAUUUAAUGGGCAUCAUUAUGAACAAAAUCAUGGAGGGUGGAACCAAAAUUCUAAUAAUGGGAAUAAUGGUAGGCAAAAUAAUCAUAAUGGGAAUUAUCAGCAGGAUCGUCAAGGUAAUUUUCAGGGAGAUUUCAAUAGAGGAGAGAAUAGCAACUGGGGUCAACAUGAGAAUAAGGGAGGUAAUUAUUAUGGUGGGAACAGAAAUAGACAAUGGGAAAAUCCAGACAGAAGACAAGAUGGGAAUGGGCAAGGCCGGUUAAACUAA